AUGCAUUUGUUGUGCGCUAGUAUCCUACUGAGCCCUCUGCUCAUAGACCUGACCAGAGCCGAUUACUGCCAGAAUGCCGGAGUAUCAGUAUCAACCCAGUCCCAAGCCAACCACUACAAAGCAUGCAAAACCUUCCCCGGCAGCAUCGCCAUCGACCCCAACUUCCAGGGCUCGAUCAACCUCGACGGCAUCGAAGAGAUCCAGGGUUCACUGACCUGCGGCGACGGCGAAGACGAAACCGCCCUCAAAUCGAAGAACGGGAGCAUCCCCGCAAUCUCCUCGUCCACACUACGAACAAUAGGCCGCAGCUUCCGACUCAGCGGCCUCACCUCGCUCGACAAGCUCCACUUCCCGGCCCUGCGCAGCGUCGGCGAGAUCCAAUGGGCGCAGCUGCCGAAUCUGCACGGGUUCGAUCUGGGCGCCGGGCUCGACAGGGUCGGCAAUGUUAGUGUCAUGUACACGGGGCUCGGCGAUGUCGCGGGGCUGGGGACUAGGUCUGUGGAUGGGUGGGCGCUUGUCGGGAAUGAGAACUUGGCUCGGGCAGAUCUUGCUGCUCUGACGACGUAUAAGUCGUUUCGCGUUGAUGGCAAUAGUCCGCGCUUGGCGGUGGAUCUCUCGGGCGUGACGGCGGCCGGUGAGUCUCGGUUUGCGGCGCUGAAGAGCGUGAAUCUGUCGUCGUUGGAGACUACUACCGGGGAUCUUGCGCUCCGGCGUGUCUUUUCGUCUACUAUGGCUUUCCCGGCUCUGCGCCGGGCUUCGGGUAUCAGUCUGCAAAUAUACCAGGGGAUGUCGGUUCAUUUCCCGUCUCUGCGGACGGUCCAUGGGGAUUUUGUGGUCAGCGGCAAUGUCACAAAGUAG